UACGUGGACCCUUUCCGUGGAAUAAUCAAGAACGGACAUAAUUCGUAAAUACGCCGUUGAACUCCGGAUUCCCUGUACAAAUUAUACUUUCCUCUUUCGAUUAACUUUAAUAAAUUCCCAAUUUUCCUAAUCUAGAACCAAAUUUGAAAAAUUGGAAUUAAAUUCUACCUCAAGUUAUAUGUUUUGAUGAGAUAAUCAUAUGUUCAAUUAUGAUUUAACAACACACAGAAGAAAAGGGAGGAAAGAUGGAGCUGAGAGGUGAAUUUUUGCCGCAAUUCAGAGUCCGACAGCCUCGAUUGACGUGGCUUCUCUGUACCAAACGCAAGAAACGUGAUUCUCUCCUUGUUGUAAGCAUGUUUACUAGGCGUUUGCCCCCGAUUCAAUCGGAGUUUGCACUGUAAGAGUGAUGCACAUAAUCCCUAUCUACAUUCGUCGUCAUUUGACUGUUUGCUGUUGAAGAAUUUAUACCAUUUGGCCUUAAAUCAACUUCACCUGAGGGAAAACUUAAUGAAGUAGAUGGACUCGGGAAAUAUUAGUGAAAUGGAUUCCUAAGGGCUGCUUAAAUUCAACAAGAAAUGGCCCCAACAUUUGUUUGAGAUAAUACAGGACUGAAGACAUUUCCUAACUGUGGGCAAAACUCCCAUUUUAAUCUAGUUCCCUACCACAGGCACAAAUUAUGAAAGCUUGCCAGAAGCAGUUAAUGAUGCCAAUUCAGCAGAGAUGGGUCUCCCACCCUUAUGAAAUAUGGAUACGUUUCCUUCUCAGUACUACAGAUGGAAGAAUCUUGAAGUUCAUUGUAACAAUGACCAAAGUAUCCGGCACUCUUCUCUUUCUAAGAGUGAGAGCUCAAAGAUGCCUGAACUCUCUUUUAACCGGCUGCAGCUUACUGACCAGGAAUGUGCUGGAUUGCAAAGGCGAAACUUUGGUCGCUUCGUUGCACGUGAGGCUUUACUGGAUGAAGAAUAUUGGACAGCAGCAUGGCUCCGAGCAGAAGCCCACUGGGAAUCUUUAUCCUAUAUGAGGCAUGUGGGCAGCUACAAAAGAAAGUAUGCUGAACAGGUGAGUACAUUAGAAUAUAUUUGUUUGAUUAUCAUGGGAUGAGCUCCCUUCCCUCCAGCUCUGGCCCAUAAUAUAAAAUGUGGUUUGAUUAUGAUUCACUUGGAAAUUGAAAUUGUCUUCAGCUUUAUGGAGAAAAGUUGCAUUUGCAUUUAUUUUAUCCAGUU